GAACUUGUUCGGGAGGGAGGGUAUAUAAGAGCUGCAGGGGGUUCAAACGGCCUUUCACAGAUGGAAAAUCACAAGUAGGGACAAAAACAGAAACAACCUGACAGAUUUAUAAAGACGACUACAAUGAAUCCAGCCAUUCUUUUCCUGUUGCUCUUUUGUCAUACAACCCAGACAACAGGCGUCAUAAUCGAGAGCCAACCAUCGAGCAGUGUGGAUGUUGUUCAGGUGGGGUUGAGGCAGAGUGUGUCUCUGGCUUGUCGGCCAGAUGAUGUCGCUCAAAAUGAGGAAGAGCUGGUGUGGCUGAGGAACGGUGAGAAGAUUAAGUUGAUGGAAGAGAACAAGAAAGGCGAAAGCAAAGUAUGCAUCUCUCCUGCCAUCUAUGAUGAUAAUGGAGCCACAUUCACUUGUUACCUUCAGAGCAACUCCUCAGACGUGGCCUUUGUCACUCUGAAUGUCACAUAUCACCCAGAGCUCAAUGGUUCAGAGGAAGUCACCAUAGAGGAAGAAGAAUCGCUGGUCCUGCAGUGUGAUAUGAGGGCCAACCCAUUACUCUCCUCAAUGUUGUGGACGCUAAAUGGAAGCAUGGUGGAUCUGCUAGCGGGUGGUUUCACUGUGACCAGCGAUGGCUUCACUAGUGUACUUCAAGCCAGAAGGGUGGAGAAAAGCGUGCACGGAGGCACGUACAAGUGCACGGCAACCUCUCCCAGUGCUGGAGUUCACAGCAAGCUUUUCCAUGUCAUAGUGACAGAAAAGACCAUAAAGUUCCCUCUGAUGCCGACGAUAGCGGGGCUGGUGGUGGUGUUCCUAACCGCACUUCUAGCUGUUGUUUCACGUUGGAAGAAAAUCACAAAGUGCUGCAAGUAAAAACCAACAACAUAGCUAUGGCAGCCUUGUGAAUGCCAACAACAAACCCCCACUAAGGAAUGCAGACAGAUGCUGUGAAAACCCGACCUA